GACCCAGCCCCUGAGAGUUCAUCUCCUGCCCUGCUCAUGUUGUUGUGAAUUAUCCUACAGUUCUGUUUACAGCUCCUGUCAGUUACACUUCCAAAUCUUAAAAUGAGCAUCCCGGUGGUGGACUUCGGUGCAUACAGCCUGAGUGAGGAAGAUGUUACCGACGAGCAGAUGCGCCACCUGAGCCAAGAGCUGAAAGCAGCUUUUACAGAAGUUGGGUUUGUUUUUCUGAGGAACACUGGGAUCACUCGGGAGGAGGUGGAUCGUGUCAUGGACGCGUCUAAGAAAUUCUUCCUGCAGCCGGAUGAGCUGAAACAACCUUUCAGCAGGAAAAGCUUUGCCAAUAACGCGAACCACGGCUGGGUGUCUCUGGAGACCGAGAGGUUGAAUCCACGUCGACCUGGAGAUCUAAAGGAGGCAUUCAACACCGCUUCACUCCACCCUGACAUAAAGUGGCCGUCAGGAGCUCUGGCAGACUUCGAGGAGAUCCAGAAGUCCUUCUUCCUGCGCUGUAAAGAGCUGAGUCUGCGGGUGAUUAGGGUGAUAGCUCACAGUUUGGGUUUGGACCCCGAGGUGCUCCUGAGUGCACACCAUUUCAUGGGGACUGAUAAGAAUGGCACAACACUGCGGUCUCUGUACUACCCUCCAGUAAACAGUGACAAAGCAAAGGAGGGUCAGCUGCGAUGUGGAGAGCAUUCGGACUACGGCACCAUCACCCUGUUGUUUCAGAACUCCGAAGGUCUGCAGGUGCAUAGUCGUUCAGGUGAAUUCAUCUGUGCUCCCAGCAUCCCUGAAGCGGUCCUCAUUAAUAUCGCUGACUUGCUGCAGCGCUGGACCAGCGAUCAGUUAAUUUCUGUGGUACACAGGGUUUUGCUGCCCCCUGCUGGAGACUCCCGCACACGUCAGUCUGUGGCUUUCUUUGUCCAGCCAGAUGAUGAGGCUCUGAUCACCUGCUGCGACGGCUCCAACAAAUACCCUCCAGUUACAGCUGGUGAUUACCUCAUUGAACGCUUUAGUGAGUCAUAUGUACGGACCUGAACCAGUUUGUUUAAGGGUCCCUGCUGAGUUUUAAAGACAUGUCUGUAAAGUCUUAUAAUCUUUUAUCACAGUUACUUUUGCCAAAAUUCUGAAAGUUUUACUUGAGACCCCACAAUAUUUUAUUUUUUUUUUUAAAUAUGACUGUCUUCAGAUAAUCAGUGAGCCAUGUGUUUGUGAUAAAAGGACAACAGCAACAAAAAAAAAAAACAACUCUCAAAACUGCAAGCUCAUUCACUUUAUUGUCCACAUUCAGACCUCGUACAACAGUUUGAUGAAUUCAGGAUGUUAGCCGGUGGACGGAUUUGACUGCUUUUUGAAAGGGACAUAAAAAUGCAAAUAAAAACAACCUGCAACUA